AUGGCCCAAAGAGCUCAUCUUUCGGGACACAUUGAGGCCCACUCGGUGUCCCAGGGCUCCUUUGGCCUAGACGCUCUCGAAAGCGAAACUUUCACAGCCGUCGGCAGCGGGCUCACUGGCGUCCUGGCAGCAGUGGGGCCUGGAGACCCAGACGAAAAUCUACAUGGAUCAUGGAUUUCACGGAGAGAAGGAAGCGGCUGCAGAAGUAGCAGCACUAAUACCGGCGGCAGCAGCAAUACCAGCGGCAGCAGCUCUUGCGCGGUGCAUCAAGUCCCUCCAAGGCACUGCAGGACUGCUGAAACGCUCAUUCUCUUCGAUCCUCCAGUUUUGAACACACAAGAGAAGCAAAACCACAUUCACCGGGAACACGCGCCUGAGCAGCAGGCACAAGCCACUGGGAAUGAAGAGACGUCAAACGCCUUGCUGAGGCUACCAACUGCAGCGGCACCACCAGCAACAACAGCAGCGGCAGCAACAACAGAAACAAGAUUAGAAGAAACAGCAACACUAGCAGCAGCUGCAGUAGCGGCAGCAACAUCAACACCUGCAGCAACAGCAACAGCAGCAGCAACAGCAACUGAUGCAGAUGCAGCACCCAGAUGGCUGAGCGACAACUCAGUUUGCUUUCCAGGUCGCCGUUGCUGCGUGAACAGCAUGACUCAAAGUCCUUCGAGCUGCAGUUCUUGGGUCAGCUCUUCAAGAAUCCCCAGAGGUUAUUCUGAGUGCUGUCACAGAGUGGCACCAGCAGCUGCCACUCAUAGCCCCUGCAGCACUAGCAGCACCAGCAGCACCAGCAGCAAGCUGAAAUGUCGGAGAAUUUCGCCUGCUUCAGCAGCUGCUGCUUCGGAACACAGCUGUCCGGUGACGGCGACUCAGCAGCAAACGCAGCCUCUUCGCCUCACAGCAGCAUCGGCGGGAGCGGGCGCGCAGCCUGCGGCUGCUAUUUCGAAGCCGCGCAGUGACCACGAAGAGAGAACAGCAUCUGCAGCAACAGCAGCAGCAGCAGCAGCAGCGUCAACAGUAGCAGCUGCUGAGGGUGCACCACAGAGCAGAGUAACGACCCCUUUGCGCUUUGUACGUACACCUGGAUUGGCAGCGGAUGGGCCAUUCGAGAGACAUGUAAUCCCUUCAAGACCGAGGACCCUACCUGCUCCGUCCGUUGUAAAAGGGUCUGCAGCAGCAGCUGCAGCAACAGCAACGGCAGAAAUAGCAGCACCAUCUAUUGCUGCUGCUGUUGGCGGGAGGUCCCCAGCGACCCGCAGGGAACGCGGAAUGACUGGAGGCCGGUCUUUGAUGUCAGUCAGCAGUUCAGCGUUUGACGGGCUGUCUUCACGAUUGCAGCGAGCUAGCAGCAAAGCCCCUCUGCUUCUCGAGACCAGCAAGACUGCAGCAGCUGCAGCAAGUGCAGCAGCUGCAGCAUCAAGGAAUGCGGUUACUGUGGCAGCAGCGGCUGCUGCGGCGGCGUCCGCUGCUGUUGCAGAGACACUUGCAGCUGAGAAGCGCGCCGGAGAACAGCGAAUAGGACAGCGGAGACGCAGCAAUAGGAGCAGCAGCGCGAGCAGCGGUAGGAGCAGCAGCAGGUGCAGCGACAGCAGCAGCAGCGAUAGUGAGGCAUAUGACUGCACUGCACCACGUGCAGCAGCGGGCGGGUUUGGUGGCACUUGUGUUUCGUGUAUCUCGUCUGUGUAUCCAUCAUCCCAAGCAGCAGCAGUAGCCGCAGCCGCAGCUGCUGCUUCGCGUCAAUUCGAGCCCGUUGCUGCCCACGGUGCUGUCCGGCCUAUUUUCACUUCCUCUGUUGCUGCUGGGGCUCGAGCUCGCUUAGAGUCUGUGGAUGAGUCUGAGCCAGAUGAUCUAGGGCUGCAGCUUCCACCUUCUCCGAGGACUCUGCGGAGCAUCGAGCUAGCGAAACAGCCAGCAAAUCCAGCACAUCAUGUAGAUAGGGAGAGGCCAGGUGUUCCUGGAGGCGGCACGGUUGGUGUUUCUUCUCGAAGGGGCUCUCUCGGUGAAAGCAUGCUGCAACUCAUGCAGCCGCAUCAGCAGAAGCAGCAGCAACCGCGGAUGCUGGCUGAAAUGCUGCCCGCCAUUUCAUCUCCAUCUUAUGCGUUUCUCGAAGCGCGAAACCUCGGAGAUCUUCUCGCUCUCCCAUCCCCCAGCCAAACAACUCUUAAGGCGCAUGUGUGGAGGUUUAGGGGUCUCCUGCCGCCGCGCUGGCUUGAGGAAGAUCUGCUGCUGCACCAGAACCUCCUGCUCUUUUGUAGCAGCACAGAGCCGCUUGAGGUGUCUCUGCUGAUACCCCUCGCAUCCAUCGCGUCGGCGUGGGCUGUGGAUGGGAGAGGGAAGGUGUCCGCUGCGGCAGCGGCAAAAGGAAAAGCCCCCUACCGCAUGAAGAUUGUGGCGUCAGCAGCAGCAGCAGCAGCAGUAAACAGGCAGCAGGAACAGGGGGCAGCGAGAAAACAUAAGGCGGCGAAGACCAUCCUGUUUGGCAUGCAGAGCCCAACUGAGCGCGAUGCCCUCCUUAAGCACAUAUUGCACCUAGCGGACAAAUGGAGGCAAGAUAUUUCCACCAGCAGCAGCUACUACUGA